CGUUUUAGCAGUGCGCAUGCGCAAUGUAUAUAGCUUAGCGUGCGCGUCUCCGGCACUAUACUAGCAGACGCAAGCAUAUCUGCGAUCAGAGCGGAUACUACUGAUUACCAGAAGUGAGCCUGUUGCCACAAGGUGACUGACUAACUAACAACAGCGGUUUGCUCACCGUCCGCGUAGUGCUCUGCGAGGCCCGGUGGCACAGUUUUGUCUAGACUGUGCUUUAUUCAUAGCUAGCUAGCUAACCAGCUAGAGCUAUGUAUUUUAGAACGUUUUCCUUUAAUGGAAUCGUCAAUGUUUUCGUGUUUGUUGUUUAUGGUUUUUGACUCGGUUAUCUAGCUAGAGUAGAGCAGUGCUUUCAGAUGGAAAGUUUCCUGUGUACCAUCGCAAUUUGUUUGGUUGCGGUACGAGCGAUACCACUGGAGGAAUUUUAUCCCUACAAUCUCUCUGUUAACCAGCAACUGAUUGCUAAUGAUGACGCAUCAUCCCGUGCCAUCACACUUGAUCCGCCGAUUACUUUCUAUGGUCGCAGUUACAACAGUUGCAAGAUACACAACAAUGGAUUGGUGACUUUCAACACACCUCCACAACACUUUAUAGAAGCUCCCUUCCCUGUAGAAAAUUACACUUUCAUUGCUCCUUUCUACGGUGAUGUCGACACCAGGAUGAGUGGAACAGUGUGGUUUACCGACCCAGUAAUAAAUGAAUCAAGUGUACUGGAUAAAGUUGAAAAUGAUAUCCACGACACUUUCAGAGAUCAUGCCUACUUCAAACCUGCUUAUGUGAUUAUAGCUACAUGGGACCAGGUUGGAUAUUUCAAAGAGCGUUCUGAUAAGUUAAACACUUUCCAAUGCAUUAUUACAUCUGAUGGGUGUGCAUCCUUUGUAAUCUUUCUUUACAAUGAAAUACAAUGGACAACUAAUGAAUCCAACUCAAUGUCAAAACAUGCUAAGAUAGGCUUCAAUGAUGGUACACUGUUCAUGUCACGGCAAGUGCCUUGCUCAAUGACAAUGAACUUGAAAGAAAUUUCAAGAACAAGUAAUGUUGGGAUUGCAGGAAAAUGGAUUUUUCGUGUGGAUACAACAAACUUUUCAACUUGCCACAAUGAUUACGCAAUGGCAUGUGAGUCAGACCCAUUCUGCUCCUGUUCAACCCCGGAUCCACAGCAGAAAUGCAUUUGCACCGAUUUGAAGGAAGACAUUCCGCAGUGUAGCUAUGUGCCUGUAACAACACCAACAACGACACCAACAACGACACCAACAACGACACCAACAACGCCAACAACAGACGUCAAUUAA